UGAAAAAUAAUAUAGUAACAAUAAAAUAUGAAAAAGUAGCGAACAUAAUAUUCCUUGCUUCCUUUUCAAAACACAAUCUUUCACAAUCAUUAAUUCCGUUAGGGAUUCUGUGUUCCCAUCUGGGGCUUAUAAUUCUUGUCUGGUUCAGAGAUUUGAGGUUGUUUUGGUCACACCCUUUUGGUGAUUUGUCUGAAACGGCCGUGAUUUCAAGAAAAUUAAAGAUCAAGGUGUGUUUUUGAAGAUGGAAAAAUACGAGCUUGUCAAGGAUAUUGGGGCUGGGAAUUUUGGUGUGGCUCGGCUCAUGAGGAACAAAGACACUAAGGAGCUUGUUGCUAUGAAAUACAUUGAGAGAGGACACAAGAUUGAUGAGAAUGUUGCGCGGGAGAUCAUUAAUCACAGGUCACUAAGGCACCCAAAUAUAAUAAGAUUCAAGGAGGUGGUACUCACUCCAACCCACCUUGCUAUAGUGAUGGAAUAUGCAGCCGGAGGGGAGCUAUUUGAGCGCAUCUGCAAUGCUGGAAGAUUCAGUGAGGACGAGGCUCGAUACUUCUUCCAGCAGCUGAUAUCAGGAGUGAACUAUUGUCAUUCUAUGCAAAUCUGCCAUAGAGACUUGAAGCUGGAGAAUACUCUAUUGGAUGGGAAUCCUGCACCACGCUUGAAAAUAUGUGAUUUUGGCUACUCAAAGUCGUCUUUGCUCCAUUCUAGGCCUAAAUCAACUGUAGGCACUCCGGCAUACAUUGCUCCAGAGGUUCUCUCUCGUAAAGAAUAUGAUGGCAAGUUGGCAGAUGUAUGGUCAUGUGGAGUGACGCUAUAUGUAAUGCUAGUUGGAGCAUAUCCUUUCGAAGACCAAGAGGAUCCAAAAAAUUUCAGGAAGACUAUUCAGCGGAUUAUGGCCGUAAAAUACAUGAUUCCAGAAUAUGUUCACAUAUCUCAAGACUGCAGGAAUCUCCUUUCUCGCAUAUUUGUUCCGUCUGCAACCAGGAGGAUUACCAUCAAGGAAAUCAAGAGCCACCCGUGGUUUUUGAAAAACUUGCCAAGGGAACUAAGAGAAGGAGCUCAACUCAUGUACUACAGAAAGGAAGACCCUGCAUUUUCUCUCCAGAGUGUGGAGGAUAUCAUGAAAAUUGUUGAAGAAGCUAAGAAACCUCCUCCUGUUAGCCGUGCAGUUUCAGGAUUUGGAUGGGGAGAUGAGGAUGUGGGUGUUGCAACGACAGAGGAGGAGGAGGAAGACGAAUAUGAUAAGCAAGUGAAGGAGGCCCACCAAAGCGGAGAAGUUCCUCUUGCCCAAGAGUCUGCUAAUUAAGAAUGCACCCUUCUAGUCUUUCUUCAAGAUAAUUAAAUGUUUGUAUUAAACGUGUUAUUGAUAGGUCCUGGAGAUGUAAUAAGUUUGUGUACAUUUGGUGAUGAACUCUUUGAAUUUAGGUUGUUGAAUGUUUUGCUUCAAGAAAAUUGUUCUGGAGGUAUUCAGGUCUUUUUAUAUUAAUAUGCAUAUUUCAGGUUGUUUUCA